GUAGACACUCAUAUCCAUGCUGCUGCCUGUAUGAACCAGAAACAUCUGCUACGCUUUAUUAAGAAAUCUUACAAGGUGGAUGCUGACCGAGUGGUCUACAGUACCAAGGAGAAAAAUCUGACUUUAAAGGAACUUUUCACUAAACUAAACAUGCAUCCGUAUGACCUGACGGUUGAUUCGCUGGAUGUUCACGCUGGACGUCAGACCUUCCAGCGUUUUGACAAGUUCAAUGACAAAUACAAUCCUGUAGGGGCCAGUGAACUAAGGGAUCUUUAUCUGAAGACAGACAAUCAUAUUAAUGGAGAAUAUUUUGCUACCAUCAUCAAGGAAGUAGGUACAGACCUGGUGGAUGCCAGGUACCAGCACGCCGAGCCCCGGCUAUCCAUUUAUGGCCGCAGCCCUGAUGAGUGGACCAAGCUCUCCGCCUGGUUUGUCAGCAAUGGCAUCCAUUGUCCCAACAUGACAUGGAUGAUUCAGGUUCCCAGGAUCUAUGAUGUAUUCCGGUCUAAGAAUUUCCUUCCACACUUUGGCAAGAUGCUGGAAAAUAUUUUCCUGCCUGUGUUCGAGGCUACCGUCAACCCCCAGGCUCACCCAGACCUCAGCAUCUUUCUCAAGCGUAUCACUGGCUUCGAUAGUGUUGAUGAUGAAUCCAAACACAGUGGUCAAAUGUUCUCUUCUAAAAGUCCUAAACCCCAGGACUGGACAAUGGAAAGUAACCCAUCCUACACCUACUAUGCCUACUAUAUGUAUGCGAACCUCUUGGUGCUCAACAGCCUGAGGAAGGCACGAGGGAUGAACACAUUUCUGUUUCGUCCUCACUGUGGGGAGGCUGGAGCUAUCACACACCUCAUGACAGCAUUCAUGACAGCGGAUAAUAUCUCUCAUGGUCUAAACUUGCAAAAGACUCCAGUGCUUCAGUAUCUGUUUUUCCUAGCUCAAAUUCCCAUUGCUAUGUCUCCACUAAGUAACAACAGCCUUUUUCUAGAGUAUGCAAAGAACCCAUUUCUUGACUUCCUCCAGAAAGGACUGAUGGUCUCACUCUCCACAGAUGACCCCAUGCAGUUCCAUUUCACUAAG